AGAAAGCUGCAGCCAGGUGGAUGACCGGGACGGCACUAACUCCGGCGAAGCUGGCUGGGACUGGUAUGAGCACUGAAGCUAACAAUACCACUGACAAUUCAGUAACCGCUUCGCAAGUGAACGAUUUUCGUAUUUCAGCAGUUCUCGAUCGAUUAGCUGCAAGCAUGCAGAACCAAACUCCUAAAAACGAAACCGCUGAGUCCUUUAAUCUCUGCCUUUCUCUCGCCAGAGGAAUUGAUUUUGCCAUUGCAAACCAUGAGAUUCCAAGCAGAGCCCCAGAUUUGCCUGCAUUAUUGAAGCAGGUGUGCAGGUGCAACAAUGAUGCCCUACAGCAAGCAGCUGUCAUGGUUCUCAUGAUAUCAGUUAAGAAUGCCUGUCAGAGUGGAUGGUUUUCAGAUAAAGAUUCUGAGGAACUAAGUAGCCUUGCCAAUGAGAUUGCAAGCAACUUCUGCACCUCAAUGGAUUUCAAUACUGAACCUAGCAGUUCCAAAUCCAUAAUUGAGACUAUUAUAUCGAGAUUCUAUCCACGGAUGAAGAUGGGACAGAUCCUCACUUUCUUUGAAGUCAAGGUGCCUGGAUAUGGUGCUUAUGUCAAGGACUUUGCUAUUUCAAAGCUCAUGAAACAUUCUCCUGAAGAAAGGAUUAGGCUAUUUGUGGCACAAACAGAUAAUGUAGAAACAUCGUCAUGUCUUGUAAACCCACAGCAAGUCAAUUUUCUCUUGAAUGGCAAGGGAGUUGAGAGGAGAACUAAUGUAUUCAUGGACACUGGACCCCAAUUACCAACCAUUGUGACACAUUUCCUCAAAUAUGGAUCAAAUCUUCUUCAAGCUGUGGGCCAUUUCAAUGGAAACUACAUAGUAGUUAUUGCUUUGAUGGCUGAGAUAUCUAAAGGGGAAAAUCCAACUCUCCCAGACUAUGUGCAGCCUGCUGCUGCUAUUAUAGAUCCAGAUUCUGAGGUAAUAGAGGGGCCAUCAAGAAUAUCGCUCAAUUGUCCCAUAAGCUUUAGGCAUAUCAGAACUCCAGUCAAAGGACAUACUUGCAAGCAUCUGCAGUGCUUUGAUUUUGACAACUACGUGGACAUAAAUUCAAAAAGGCCGUCUUGGCGCUGUCCACACUGCAAUCACCAUUGCUGCUUUACCGACAUCCGCAUUGACCAAAAUAUGGUCAAAGUAUUGAAGGAAGUUGGAGAUAAUGUCAAUGAUGUAAUCAUCUCAUCAGAUGGGUCAUGGAAAGCUAUCGUGGAAAGUGAUGAUCAUGCUGAAAAGCGACAGGAUAAGUUCCCAAGUGCAGAACAGGAACAGCCUACACAGCCAGAUUCUACUAGCUUGCCAAAUGCUCCGCCAGAUCUUUUGGAUCUGACUGAGAUUGAUGAUGUAAUGGAUACUGUUGACCUUUCUGAAGCUGAAGACACAAAAGUUUUCCCUGUCAAUUCUCAAAAAGAUUGUAGCAUUAAGGAUAUGACACUCAGGCCACCUACUAACAUCACAAAUGAGGUCCCCCAGAACAGCUCAUCUCAAACGGAGGAUAACUUUUGGUCUGGUGUUUAUUUGUCAACUUUUGGAUCAGGGACAUUUAGUCUCAUGUCAGAUGCACAGAGUGGUGGUGUUCCUCAGUCCACUUCUAGCAGCAUUUUGCCAUCUCCUCUAUUAACUGAUGCCUCUUCUCCUGCUUCUAAUGUUGAAGCUAGAGCAUCCAACGCCUUUCUCUCAAAUUCUGUGCCACAGACUGAAAUUUCUCCCACUGCUUUGCAACUACAACGGUUCCAAUUUGGUAAUGUAUCAAUCAGCAAUGAGUAUGGCCGGUCCCUAUCAAUACCCCGGCAAGUAAGCAGAACGCCAGUUGCAGUUCAGGCCCUGCCAGCGCAGGCGCCAACAACUGAUCUGCAAAGGGUUAGAAAUAGUACAAGUACACUCAUGCAGAAUGGGUCUUUGGCAGCUUCUCAAACUUCUGCUUUGCCACCGGUUGGAGAUGGUUUCAGUGGAAACUCAAACAAUAUGCAAAGGCAACAGCAACUUUCUAGAUCUCAUCCAGUUGCACACCAAAUGCCGCGGAUGGUGUCCUCCCAGCAGCAGAUCUCCAAUGAUCCGCAAGACCGUUUUAUUUAUUCUGGUCGAUCAACUGGACAAGUCUCUAGCCUUCAGGCCUCAACACGAGCACAAGGUACUUAUCUAGCUUCAUCAGGACUCUCUGGUGAACUUCCGCACUCAAAUCAGCAACAGCAAGUGAACUUGAGAACGCCACAUCCAAUUCAUCAGUCUGCGGGCAGGUUUCAGCAUUCUGCUCAGUCAUCUGGCAACUUCUUCCGUGCUCAAAGUCAACAAGCAGGUUCACAAGAUCAUUCUAUCCAGGCAGCGCAUGCUCAGUUACUGUCGGCUCAGCGAGCAGCCCAGGCUGCAAGAGCAAGAGCUUUUCAUACACCUAGAGCAGCAUCGAAUUCAGGGAAUGCAACUGCUCCAGUAGGAGACCAGAUAGGACCUGUUGGAAGCACAUUACAAUCGGUUCCAAGAUCAGAUGUUUCGGUGAACUCGCCAGCAGAUCAGGAUUGGCGACCGUCUGGUAGGAUGCGUGGAAGCUUAUCAGGGAGAGCUUAUUCUGAAGCUAUGAACCAAUAUAUUAUUCAGCCAACUCAACAAGCUCAAGCUGCCAGACCACCAUCAAACGUAACUGCAAAUCCAUCCAAUGCGUCUGCUCAAUUGCAGAUUUUGAUGGCCAAUAGGGCUGCUCAGCAGGCAAUAAAUUAUCCAUCCCCUAGAGUGACUAGCAGUUCCAGUAAUUUGGGAGUUUCACCGCCGAAGUCCACAGGGAUGCAUUGAGAAAACCGCAGGUGGUUGAGAUGCAUUGAGAAAACCGUUGUUCAACCACAAAAGACUGUAUAUAACUCGGCAAAUUUUGUUUCUGAAGUCGCUGGUAUCUAUUGCUUUUUUACUGCUUAUGUCGAGGCUCUUUUGCGCCACACCCCCGGGCGGGCGCCAGCCUUCGAUUCUUGUAAUCAUUUUAGAAGGGACACAAUCAGUUAUUAGCUCCUAUAGUCCUUCAUAUAUAGUACUACUAUUUCGUGGACAAUGAAAUGCUUUUAGAUUCGUCUUGUAUAUUAGACAUGCUUAUUUUUUGA